UUAGUUGACAUUUCAGCAGCUAUCAAAAUGUAAACAAACAAAAAAAUCCCCCACGAGAAAUGCUUUCGCAGGAAGAUGUUAAUUUCAUUGAAAAUUCUCUUUCCUUCGAGGAAAAAGCGUCGGUGAUAUUUCUUCUCUACGGACAGCGCAACCCGCAAUAUGCGCUGCAAAUUCUCACCGUCGCUGGACGUGCACCGGAAGGCGAGGAAACAAACUUCUUGGUCGAUUGGAUGAAUCACGUGCCACAGGCGGAAAGUUGGGAGAACGAACUGCUAGAAGCGCUGACCAUAAUGGAGCAAAAUCUGCUGCUGCUUCAAGCUGGGUUCGAUGACGCUGAGCUUCGGGCCAAAUAUUUCCCACAAACGGCUGAGAUUGCACUUCACGUGCAUCCGAUGCUGAAAGGGCUGUAUCACUUUUGUGAGCGUUUGAGCGAUGAAAAUGCGCAAAAAUUGGUGAUCCAGCUGCAGCAAUCGACUACUUUUGCCCCACUGAAGCACGAAUGCAUGGAAAUCAUUCUACUGCAACUUCUCAUCAACGGAAACAUUGAGUUGGGUUUGAAACAGUCCGGUGUGGAGAGUAAUGUUUUAAUGCUAACGGCCGCAUGCAAAGCGGCAGAGCUGUACGAUGAAAGUGAUUUCCUCAAGAGUAUCGCAUCCCAUUAUAAUCGAAACGUAUCGCAACCGAAUCGCGAACAAUCCGAUGCAACUGCCAAAAACAUUCCAAAGGUUGAUGAUUCGCUCAACACACAUGCUCGUUCGAACAUACCAUUACCACCAGUGGUACAGCCAGCAGCGUCAUCGCUCGAAUCGUACACGUUUCAUCCUGCCCGCGCAGGCAUUGUGCUGCUGAUCAAUCAGUUCACCUUCUAUCGUGAAACCAACCCGGAGCUUGUCGAGCUGGUACCCGCACGACCGCUGAAAGAUCGCAAAGGUACCGAGGUAGACAAGUGCGCGCUGGAGCGGCUUUUUACCGACUUUGGGUACGAUCUGCUGGUGGAAGAAAACAUUACCCACCAUCAGAUACUGCAGGCGGUGCAGCAUGCAGUUCAGCGCACGCAACCGAUACACUGUUCGCUGGUUGUGUGUCUGCUUUCCCACGGCCAGGAGGGCAAAGUGUUCGGCGCGAACAGCAUUCCGGUGGAGGUGCGCGCGAUCCAGCAGCUCAUGGCUAGCGAACGGCUCACCGGCAAACCGAAGCUGCUGAUCGUGCAGGCCUGCCAAGGGGCGGACCUACAGUCGGCUGUACCGGUACCGAUCUACGAGCACGACGGGCUGGAAGGGUCGGAAAAGACGGCAUCGGUGUUUAUGGAUUUUCUCGUUGCCUGGUCGACGGUGCCCGGCUUCGCCUCGAUACGGCACAUUGAGAAGGGGUCCUGGUUUAUACAGGAACUGUGCGCUAAGUUGCGUCAACUGUACCGAAGCGAACAUAUUAUGGACAUACUGACAGCUGUGAUAAACGAUGUCGCAAGCAAGCGGGGCUACGGUAACGAAUGUAUGGUACCAAUCGUACAGAGCACACUGAGCAAAAAGCUUUACUUUCACCGUCUGGAGUGAGUCAAACGGUUUAAUAUGGGGAUUGAACACGACCAGGUGUCGUAAUGUUCCUAAAAGACAGGACCGUGGUUCAGUUUCCAUUCAGAGCGGCUGCCCGUAGCCAAGGACUGACAAUCCUUUUACGUAGUACCAAGCCUUAAAGACCGCGUUGAAAUAGCUGAAAAAUGUCCUUCAAGCUAAAAGCACAGUUUUAUCAUUCCUUGUUUGAAAAUGAAAUCUUUUAUUGUUGUAAUUUUAGAAUAAUAUUGAUGAGAGAUGAACGGUCAGGCCGUAUUUGAUACUAGUACAUUGAUAGUGAUACAAUAUUUUCUGCAAAAUACGCUUCACACAUACAAAUGUGAUUAAACUAUACAAUAUGCAGAUUAGGAAUCACAUAUUAGCUAAAAUAAAACCUCACAGUAACAUUAUUAUA